AUGAGCCGGUCCGAUGACGAAGACGAGGAGGAAGAGGAAGAAGAAGAAGACGAAAUAGACGUGGUGACGGUGGAGAAGAGACGCUGCUGCUCCUCCUCCUCCUCCUCCAACAAGGCUGUCACCACCCUGACCAUCACCGUGCGCCCCAAAGCCGCCGCCUUCCCGCCGGCCAGGACGCCGCAGAACGAGCUGAUCCUCAAGCGCUGCGCGCCCAUCCACCAGCAGCACAACUACGCCGCUCCUUCCCCCUACGUGGAGAGCGAAGAUGCCCCACCACAGAAGAAGUUAAAAGUCGAGGUGCCCCGUCCGGUCAAACCCACCAUCCCACCAAAGCCUAAGAGUUCAAGCCCUCGGAGCUCUGACUCGGAGGACAGCGAACGUCGACGCAACCACAACAUCCUGGAGCGCCAGCGGCGCAACGACCUGCGCUCGAGUUUCCUCACGUUAAGGGACCAUGUGCCGGAACUGGUUAAAAACGAGAAGGCUGCAAAAGUUGUCAUCUUGAAAAAAGCCACCGAGUACGUCCAUUCCCUUCAGGCAGAGGAGCAGAAGUUACUGCUAGAAAAGGAAAAAUUGCAAGCCAGACAACAACAGUUGCUAAAGAAAAUAGAAUACAAGCGGACUUGCUGAACUUCUGGGUUUGGUUUUGUUCUUUUUUUUGUUUGUUUUUGGGUUGUUUGUUGUUUUUUUUGGGGGCUGACCAGGACAGUCAUUGCCACUUUGCACAUUUUUGAUUCUUUAAAAAAAA